AUGGGAGACGAUCGACCUUUUGUCUGCACUGCCCCAGGUUGUGGACAGAGGUUCACCAAUGAGGACCAUCUGGCAGUGCAUAAACAUAAGCAUGAGAUGACACUGAAGUUUGGACAAGCCAGAACAGACACCGUUAUCAUUGCAGAUCAAACACCCACUCCCACCCGAUUUCUUAAAAACUGUGAGGAGGUGGGUUUGUUUAGUGAGCUGGCUGGUUCCUUUGAGCAAGAUCUUCGAAAAACACAUGAGGAGGAGGAGAGGAGAAUUAAGGGCACGCAUCCAGCUCUACAGACACCUACUGAGGUUAAAGAGAGGGAGGGGCCUCUUGAAAUUGACUCCUCCCCUCCAGACAGCCCUGACUCCGCCUCCAGCAUGACAAACAGCAAAGAUACAGUUGCCAUGGCAAAAGAGGCUAUUGCCUUGAGGAAAGCUAAGGAUGUUCCUCCACGAACUGCUGCAAGUUCCACCCCUACACCAACCAUAGUGCGUCCAGGCUCGCUCCCACUUCACCAGGGAUUUGACUCCAUGAACCCAACUCAGCCUUCUCCCACCUCUGUUAUUACCAGAACCCCUCCAUCAAACAGACUUAGCUCGCCGUCUGGUUCUUUUCCUAUGCUGAUGCAGCUUCCAAAUGGUCAGACGGUUCCUCUGCUGCCCAGUCCGGGGCAGACGUCAGUCAUAUCGCUUGCCAGAUCAUCAAACACAGUGCCCAAUAUCCCAGGGAUUCCUGGCCCUCCUAUUGGCGGAAGCAGCAGCGGCUCCUCCUCUCCGUCUGGAUACAGUACACACUCUGAUGCCAAGACGGUAUCUCCCGCUCCUCCAAAAGGUGGACGCAGACGCCGCGGGGCUGAUAUUGAGCCGGAUGAACGCCGGCGCCGCUUUCUUGAACGAAACAGAGCUGCUGCUUCUCGUUGCCGGCAGAAGCGGAAAGUGUGGGUCAGUGCUCUGGAGAAGCGUGCGGAGGAGCUGGCUAAUGCUAACGUCUCACUUACUGGUGAAGUUUCGCUGUUGAGGACUGAGGUGACACGUCUGAAGGAGCUGCUGUUGGCCCAUAAGGACUGUCCUGUUACAGCCAUGCAGAAAAAAGCAUAUCUUGCUGCAGGAGUGGAUGAGAGUUCAGUGUCUGCAUUGGUGAUGCCCGUGACCGUGCCGGCUCCAGUGUCCGUGAACGGUCUGAGUGUACGCGCAGCCGAGGCUGUAGCUGUUUUAGCAGGAAUGGGUUCAGGCCAGUGGAGUAACUCCGCCGGAGACGCUUCCUCCCAAUCACAGCCCACAUCCAGAUGA